AUGCAGUGCUAUACGGAAAUAGCCCCGCCCACGGCUGUCAGCCAUGCCCUCCACCUCCCGCUGCUGCACGCCAGGGCAAACAACCUGGUCGUCGCAAAGAACUCAUUGCUGCAGGUCUUUGAGCUCAAGUCAACCACGACUGAGGUCACGCCGGGCGGAGGAGACGAGGCGGAGAAUGCAGCCGCUAACCUGGACACAGAGGCGGCCGAUGUGCCCUUGCAGCGCACUGAGAGCACCGCCAAGCUGGUCCUGGUCGGCGAGUUCCCCCUCGCUGGCACAGUCGUGUCGCUGGCGCGCGUAAAGGCGCUCAGUACAAAGUCGAGGGGCGAGGCGCUGCUGGUAGCGUUUCGGGAUGCAAAGCUGAGCCUGGUGGAGUGGGAUCCCGAGUCGUACAACCUCCAUACAAUAUCAAUACACUACUAUGAGAAUCCAGACUUGCCCGGCAUUGCUCCUUGGUCCGCUGAUCUCAAAGACACGUAUAAUUUUUUGACGGCAGACCCCAGCAGCAGAUGUGCUGCCCUCAAGUUUGGCUCUCACAACCUCGCCAUUCUUCCCUUUCGCCAGCGUGAUCUUGUCGACGAUGACUACGAUUCGGAUGCUGAUGGGCCUAAAGAGUCCAAGCCUGAGCAGCAAACUGCAUCUGGCUCUCAUACAACGCCUUAUACUUCAUCUUUUGUCCUGCCGCUCACAAACCUCGACCCCACCCUUACACAUCCCGUCCACCUCGCCUUUCUGCACGAAUACCGCGAACCCACGUUUGGCAUCGUCGCCGCCUCUCGAGACACGGCCCCAUCCUUGCUCGCCCACCGAAAAGACAUUCUUACAUACUCCGUCUUUACGCUUGAUCUCGAGCAAAAAGCCUCGACUACGCUCCUGUCCGUCUCCGGACUGCCGUACGACAUCACCAGGGUGGUUCCGUUGCCUUCACCCAUUGGCGGUGCUCUCCUAGUGGGAUCGAAUGAGAUUAUACAUGUCGACCAGGGUGGCAAGACAAAUGGUGUGGCUGUGAAUGAAUUCGCCAAAGCCUGCACUUCAUUUCCUCUCAGCGACCAGUCAGACCUGGCUUUGCGCCUCGAGGGCUGCAGUGUUGAGCUUUUGUCUCAUGAGACGGGUGACGUGCUAAUCGUGCUCAACAACGGACGUCUCCUUGUCCUUACUUUUACGCUUGACGGCCGCACUGUAUCGGGCAUGACAGUCCACCCCGUUGCGGCAGACCAUGGCGGCCACCUCAUCAAAGCCGCCGCCUCCUGCACCAGCAACCUCGGACGGGGUCGCCUCUUUGUUGGAAGCGAGGACGGAGACUCGGUCAUGCUGGGCUGGACUAGCACAGCAAGCCACCUGCGACGAAAGCAGUCCAACGCAAAUGUCGACACGGACGAGGACAUGUCUGAUGAAGAGGAUAUGGAAGAUAUGGAAGAUGAUCUUUACAACGAUACAGCCCCUGCCAUCCAAAAAAUCACUACUGCUGCUUCGGAGCCUACUGCGCCCGGCACCUACACAUUUCGUAUACAUGACGUACUGCCAAGUAUAGCCCCAAUCAAGAAUGCCGUCCUACACCCAGGAAAGGACACCGAGUCAUUGAAUAGGGGCGAGGUAAUGCUUUCGACCGGGCGAGGGGCUGCUGCUGCGAUCACAGCCCUGAGUCGUGAGCUCCAUCCCGUCACUGUAGCUACAAGACAACUCCCUUCAGCACGCGGCACUUGGGCUGUGCAUGCCCGGAAACAGGCGCCUGGAGAUGUCACUGCUGCUUUUGGUGAAGACAUGGAGGCCAAUAUGGCUACUAAUGUAGACUAUGACCAGUAUCUCGUGGUAUCCAAGACUGGUGAGGAUGGAACCGAGAGCACUGUCGUGUACGAGGUCAAUGGCAACGAACUCACUGAAACCGACAAGGGUGAUUUCGAACGAGAAGAAGGCUCGACGCUGUUUGUUGGCGUACUGGCAGCAGGCACAAAGGUUGUGCAGAUUCUGCCAAUGGAGGACGAAGAAAGUGGCAACGAGCUCAACGUCAUCAAUGCCAGCUUCGCGGACCCAUACCUCCUAGUCCUGCGCGAAGACUCCAGUGUUAAGAUCUUCAGAGCUACUGGCGAUGGCGAGCUGGAGGAUGUCGAAGCCACUGGUUUAUCCAACACACAAUGGCUUUCAGCGAGUUUAUUCAAGUCUGCUAGCUUCACAGAAGUUUUUGCUUUUCUCCUCACACCCGAAGGAGGCCUUCGUGUAUUCGCAGUGUCAGAUAUGGAGAAGCCAUGUUAUGUCGCUGAAGCUCUAAGUUUCCUUCCACCUGUUUUGGGUAUGGACUAUGUCCCCAAGCGUAGCGCCAUCAAAGCUACGAUUACAGAGAUCUUAGCUGCUGACCUGGGCGAUGCAACGACCAAGUCGCCACAUCUGAUCAUCCGCACAUCGAGUGAUAACCUUGUCAUCUACAAAGCCUUCCACUCUCCGUCACGUUCGGCUGCUGACCUGUGGACCAAGAACUUACGAUGGGUCAAACUUUCUCAGCAACAUAUACCACGAUACACGGAAGACGGCGGUGCAGAAGAUUCUGGAUUUGAGAGUACUCUCUUAGCAUUGAGUGACAUUGGUGGGUACAGUACCGUCUUCCAACGAGGCACUACCCCGGCAUUUAUCUUCAAAGAGUCGUCAAGCGCACCGCGUGUCAUUGGUCUGAGUGGAAAGCCAGUAAAGAGUCUGACGUCCUUUCACACUUCCAGCUGCCAGCGUGGUUUCGCCUACCUAGACUCUACCGAUACGCUCCGCAUCUCUCAACUACCACCACAGACGCACUACGGUCACUUAGGCUGGGCAACACGACGUAUGCCAAUGGAUGCCGAAAUACAUGCUCUCGCCUACCAUUCUUCGGGCUUGUAUAUCGUUGGCACAGGACAGUCAGAGGAAUACCAGCUUGAUCCGUCUGAGACUUAUCAUUACGAACUCCCCAAGGAGGACAUGAGCUUUAGACCAACUAUUGAACGUGGCAUUAUCAAGUUACUAGAUGAGAAGACCUGGACUAUUAUUGAUACCCAUGUUCUCGAUCCACAAGAGGUAGUCCUCAGUAUCAAGACACUUAAUCUUGAAGUCAGCGAAAAUACACACCAGCGCAAGGAUAUUGUUGCAGUGGGUACUGCGAUUCUCCACGGUGAAGACCUCGCCACCAAAGGCUGCAUCCGCAUAUUCGAGGUCAUCACCGUAGUUCCCGAACCAGACCGCCCAGAGACCAACAAGCGCCUCAAGCUUAUAGUGAAGGAUGAAGUGAAGGGUGCCGUCUCCGCAAUCUCAGAGCUUGGUACACAAGGAUUCAUGAUCAUGGCCCAAGGACAAAAGUGCAUGGUACGAGGUCUCAAGGAAGAUGGCACUCUUCUUCCUGUUGCCUUUAUGGACAUGCAGUGUUACGUCAGUGAUUUGAAGAACCUGCCUGGAACAGGUAUGCUGGCUAUGAGCGACGCAUACCGUGGUGUGUGGUUUACAGGAUACACAGAAGAGCCAUACAGAAUGUCUCUCUUCGCACGCUCAAAACACAGUCUCGAAGCCAUAGCCGUCGACUUCAUCCCCUUUGAAGAACAACUCCACCUCCUUGUCGCAGACGCAGAUAUGAACCUGCAAGUCCUACAAUUCGACCCUGACAAUCCAAAAUCCGAAGCUGGAUCCCGCCUCCUCCACAAAUCCACCUUCCACACUGGCCACUUCCCCGCAACCCUCCACGUCGUCCACUCGCGCCUCAAAAUGCCCUCAGCCUCCGACUUCGCCGGCGCAAACACCACCGAAAACGGCGACUUCGACAUGGACACUUCGUCUCCUGAUGACGAAAAACCCACGCAACCCCUCCACCAAAUCCUAUGCACGUCGCAAUCCGGCACGCUGGCCCUCGUCACCCCGCUCAGCGAAGAUACGUACCGUCGCCUGUCGAAUCUCAGUGCGUAUCUGUCCAAUACGCUUGAUGCAACUGCGGGAUUGAAUCCCCGUGCUUUCCGUGCGAGCGAUACGCCAGAUGGCGGGUGGGAUUCUGGGACUGGUGCUAGGGGCAUGCUGGAUGGGAAUUUGCUGAUGCGAUGGGGGGAGCUGGGGGAGAGGGGACGGAGAGAAGGGCUGGCAAAGUAUGGCGAGGGGGAAUGGAUGUUUUGGGGGGAGAGGGAGGUACUUGCUGGUUGGGGUGUGUUUGGUGGGAGGGGCAGGUGA